GUGGACGCCUAUAUAGAACAAGGUGAGGUUGGACGGCGAUCUCCUUGACUAGAUAGUUAGCAGCAGAGGUUAGAUUUGGGCUGUGAUCCUGGUGCUUGUGUGCGCUGUGACGAAUAGACUUGAAAUAUGUACACCUGUGCAAAAUUUGUCACCUCACCAGCAGUGCUGCGUGCUGGGUCCAGAGUCCUCGCCCGGCCAGUUUCCGUGUCUGUGUUCAACAGACCUGAAGCCAGAAAAGACCAGGCCCUGCUGCCUGCAGGCGGGAGCUCCGCCCUGCUCGCCCGGGGGUUCCAGAUGAGCGCAGCGUCCCGGGACAUCGACACGGCUGCCAAGUUCAUCGGCGCCGGCGCUGCCACCGUGGGCGUGGCCGGGUCCGGUGCCGGGAUCGGGACCGUGUUCGGCAGCCUGAUCAUCGGAUACGCCAGGAACCCCUCUCUCAAACAGCAGCUCUUCUCCUACGCCAUCCUGGGGUUCGCCCUGUCCGAGGCCAUGGGGCUCUUCUGUCUCAUGGUGGCAUUCCUCAUCCUGUUCGCCAUGUAACCCCGCCCAUCCCAUCCCAUCCCAUCCCGUCCCGUCCCAUCCACGGACCGGGACCGGGACCGGGACAGGGACACACAGCUCCAGGCCCUAGCACCGCCAUUCCAACUCACAAAAACAAAAACAAAAAAAAACCACGCUCUACCUUUUUCGUUCCUUUUUUUGUUUUUUUGUUUUCAGACCAGUUUUAUGGAAGAUCUCACUUCAUUUUGGACAGUUUGUCUGAAUAAAUGAUUGUGAACUUAAA